AUGCAGGACACUAAUCAAUCAGAGAGAUUUGAUAUAGUUCCUGAUCCAGGCUUAUGCGUCAAGCUGAAAUGCGAGUCCGGUGAGUUAGGUGCCCAUGUUUACGGAAAGGUUCCGAUUCCAGAAGAGAUUACAGAGGAAUCUCUUAUAACAAUGCUUGAAAGCAAAGAUGCACCACCCUAUCGCGUUCCUUUGAGCAUUGGCGAUGCCCAUUGUGAGCUUGAUAAUGCUGGCAAGCCUUGUUCGGCCUAUGAUGUGGUCAUACACCCAAAGUUUUUGGAAAAGGUCAAGUCUUCUCAAGUUUUUAUGGGCUUCUUGGUCACCGCCGUAAUUGAGUCUCUUGAGUCGAAAUUCCAGUUGUCGUUAUGCCGAGGUAAGCGUUCUGAUCCACCUAUCAAACUAUACAGAUUGGGUUGUGUUAAAGAACAAGAAAUGUAUGGGGACGCUACAAAAACAGUUUAUCCGAAUACGCCUUUGACUGGUAGUGAGAUGAGGGAACCGAUGAAACCACAACCAACUGUUCCAGAUGUUAAAAUGUUCGGCGUGCCGAACAUGGAUAAUCCAGAAUUUAUCGUUGCCGAAUUUCAAUUGCCUAAGCUGUUGAAUUCGCGGGGUAUUAAACUAGAUAUUGGAGCGAACGUUCUUGUCUUGCGGACUCGCAGUCAUACCUACGAGAUGGCCGCCGAGCUCAAUUAUACUGUCGAUCAGGUCGGUGCUCGAGCUGAAUUCAAUUUGAAUAGAAAGGUGCGUCUGCUUAUUUAA